CAGCGGCCGUUUCCUUGUGAUAUGUGUGCAUUGUCGUUCAAUCGGCAACACGAUCUCAAGCGUCAUAGAGACACUCACUCUGGAGAAAGACCAUUUUUGUGCAACGGCGGAUGUGGAAAGACCUUUACCCGUAAGGACGCACUGAAGAGGCACCAG